AAAAAUGGGUCCUUGCAUUUCACAUCAUCCAGUCUCAACAGAAAUUGAUAAACGAGAAAGUAUGUGCUUUGAAGAAGGUUAGCUUCAAGAAAAGGUUAAGCCUGAAGAAGCUUAAGCAGAGGCAUUGCCAUUAUCAUCCUAUGAUGAAUAAAAUGUGAUUAAAAUUUAAUCAGGAUUUAGAGGGAUGAAAGCGAGAAAGGAGGUAAGUUACAAUUCAAAUAUCUAGGCUGAGCAAGAAAAAGAGCAAAUGGAAAACACAAAACCAAAAAAUGAAAAUAUCAAACCUUAUAAUGGAACUGUAGAGUCCUGCAAUUAUUUUGUAAAAGAGAAAUUACUUGUAUAUGGAGAGUACAAUUACAAUACAAGAUAUGACGAAAAAUUCUAAAAAUCUAGAUCUUUAACACCUUAUGUAAAAUUUAAGUUGAUAUCAGCUUUUAGAAGAUGGUUCAAUUUAUGAAGGAUAAUGGAUGAAUGGUGUGAAGGAAGGCAGAGGAAAAUUCAUAUAUUCAGAUGGUUCUAUAUACGAAGGCUACUUUUUCUAAGACUAUUAACAUCUUCAUGGGAGAUUAAUUAUGGCAUCUGGAGAUUUAUAUGUAUAUAAUGAUCUCUAGAACCUAGUAAGGAGAUUUUCAGAAUGGCAAUAUGGAAGGCAACGGAAUCUAUAAAUACGCUGAUGGCACAAAAUAUGAAGGUGAGUUCAAAAAUAAUAAGCAAAAUGGUUUUGGCAAAGAAACAUGGCCUGAUGGAACAAAGUAUGAAGGAAGUUAUGAUAAUGGAGUUAAAUAUGGAACAGGUCGAUUUUAAUGGACAGAUGGAUCUAUUUAUGAAGGCAGUGUAGUAAAUGAUCAAAUGGAAGGUACUAAUCUAUUUUCAAUAUUUUUAGGAUAUGGAACCUUUACAUGGGCUGAUAAGAGAAGAUAUAAUGGCAAUUGGAAGAAUAGUAUGAUGAAUGGUUAAGGGGAAUUAUUUUACCCUGAUGGUAGAUAUUACAAAGGUAAUACCAAAUUGAAUAUUUUAGGUUAAUUUCAAAAUGAUCUUAGAAAUGGGGAUGGGACAUUCUUUUAUCGUGAUGGAACAAGUUAUUUUGGAGCAUGGUAAAAUGAUAAAUAACACGGGAAAGGAAUUAGAAAAUAGAAAGGUGGUCAGGAUGAAGAGCAAGAAUGGAAUAAUGGAACUAGAGUAAUUUGAAGAAUACAAC